AUGGCGGAAGAGAGUAACGCACCUGCAGGCGCUGCUCCGGCAGAACCCUCCAAGAAUGCAUUGAAGAAGGCUCAGAAGGAGAAGGAGAAGGCCGAGAAGAAGGCGGCAGCAAAAGCCCGCGAGCUCGCCGAGCGCCAGAAGAAAGAUGCUGCCGACGCCGAGGAUGUGUCCAAGGACAACUACGGCGAACUGCCACUUACUGGCUCGAAGGACUACAAACCCACGGGCGCAACUCGCAUCGACCUCUCUACCGUCGCAGAACACGAGGGCAAGGAGAUCACAUUCAGGUGCUGGGUCGAGAAUGCGCGCGUGCAGUCAGCGAAACUGGCCUUCGUCAAUUUGCGCCAGGGCUUGAACACUGUGCAGUCAGUCGUUGCGGCGAGUGACAAGCUCAGCAAGCAGAUGGUCAAGUUCUCGGGCACUCUGAGCACGGAGAGCUUGCUUGUUGUUACCGGAUUGGUUAAGAAGGCACCGGAGCCGAUCAAGAGCGCGACGAUUCAGGACUUUGAGAUCCACAUACUGAAGGUGUUCAUCGAGAAGAAGGCAGAGGUUCCCCUACCCCUUCAAGUCGAAGACGCAGAGCGCCCGUUGCCCAGCGAGGGUCUGGGAGAGGAGGAAGAAAAGGCCACAGAGGGUGACGCUCGCCCACUCGUGUCUCUCAACACCCGCCUGAACAACCGCACUCUCGACCUCCGCGCAAAGAUCAACCAUGCCAUAUUCGUCGUCAAGGGUGGCGUCCGCCUACUCUUCACAGAGUUCCUCUCCCAGAAAGGCUUCAUCCCCGUCGAGACCCCCAAGAUCCUCGGCGCUGCCUCUGAAGGCGGCGCCAAUGUCUUCGAGCUCAACUACUUCGGCAAACCCGCGUACCUCGCCCAAUCGCCCCAAUUCUACAAGCAAAUGCUCAUCGCCGCGCGCUUCCAAAAAGUCAUGGAAAUCGGCCCCGUCUUCCGCGCCGAGAACUCGAACACUGCUCGCCAUUUGACAGAAUUCACGGGUCUAGAUCUCGAAAUGGAAUUCCAGGAGCACUACCACGAAGUCAUGGGCGUGCUCGAGGACCUCAUGCUCUUCAUCUUCCAAGGCCUCAACACGCGGUACAAGAAGGAAACCGACCUCGUCCGCAACACCUACCACGUAGACGAGUUCAAGCUCCCCGAGAGCGGCAAAGUCCCACGCAUCCCCUUCCCAGAGGGCAUCAAGAUGCUGCGCGACGCACAAGGCACAGGCGAAGACGUCGGCGAAGCAGGCGAAUACGACGACCUUUCCACCCCACAGGAGAAAAAACUAGGCCGUCUCGUGCUCGAAAAAUACGGCUCUGAUUUCUACGUCCUGGACCAGUUCCCCCUCGCGGUACGACCAGCAUACACCAUGCCGUCGCCCGAGAACCCCAAGCUAUCCAACAGCUACGACUUCUUCAUGCGCGGGCAGGAGAUUUGCAGUGGUGCGCAGCGCAUCCAUGAUGCGGAGCUGCUGGCUAAGAUGAUGCGCGAGCAUGAUCCGCCGAUUGAUCCUAAUGGGGCGGGGACGAAGGAGUAUGUGGAUAGCUUUAGGUAUGGGGCGCCGCCGCAUGGAGGGGGUGGGUUUGGGUUGGAGAGGAUUGUGCAGUUUUGGUUGGGGCUGCCGAAUAUUAGGAUGACGAGCUUGUUUCCGAGGGAUCCGCAGAGGGUGACGCCGUAG